AUAGAGCAGGUCCCUCUGCAGUCAUGUCAGCCAAGGCGAUUUCAGAGCAGACGGGCAAAGAACUCCUUUACAAGUACAUCUGCACCACCUCGGCCAUCCAGAACCGAUUCAAGUAUGCCCGCGUCACCCCCAACACAGACUGGGCUCGACUGCUGCAAGAUCACCCUUGGCUGCUCAGCCAGAGCUUGGUGGUCAAGCCAGACCAGCUGAUCAAACGGCGUGGAAAGCUGGGCCUGGUUGGGGUUAACCUCACUCUAGAUGGUGUCAAGUCCUGGCUGAAGCUGCGACUGGGACAGGAGGCCACUGUUGGCAAGGCCAGAGGCUUCCUCAAGAACUUUCUGAUUGAACCCUUUGUUCCACACAGUCAGGCGGAGGAGUUCUAUGUCUGCAUCUAUGCUACCCGAGAAGGGGACUACGUCCUUUUCCACCAUGAGGGGGGUAUGGAUGUGGGUGACGUAGAUGCCAAAGCCCAGAAGCUGCUUGUUGGUGUGGAUGAGAAGCUGAAUCUUGAGGAUAUCAAGAAACACCUGUUGGUCCAUGCCCCUGCAGACAAGAAAGAGAUCCUGGCCAGCUUCAUCUCUGGUCUCUUCAAUUUCUAUGAGGAUCUGUACUUCACCUACCUCGAGAUCAACCCCCUUGUGGUGACCAAAGAUGGCGUUUAUGUCCUUGACUUGGCCGCCAAGGUGGAUGCUACAGCUGACUACAUCUGCAAAGUGAAAUGGGGUGACAUAGAGUUCCCUCCCCCCUUUGGGCGGGAGGCUUAUCCAGAGGAGGCCUACAUUGCAGACCUGGAUGCCAAAAGUGGGGCGAGCCUGAAGCUGACUUUACUAAAUCCUAAGGGAAGAAUCUGGACUAUGGUGGCCGGAGGCGGUGCCUCUGUCGUCUACAGUGACACCAUCUGUGACCUGGGGGGUGUCAACGAGCUGGCAAACUACGGGGAGUACUCGGGUGCACCCAGCGAGCAGCAGACCUAUGACUACGCCAAGACAAUCCUCUCCCUCAUGACCCGGGAGAAGCACCCUGACGGCAAGAUUCUCAUCAUUGGAGGCAGUAUUGCAAACUUCACCAAUGUGGCUGCCACAUUCAAGGGCAUCGUAAGAGCGAUUAGAGAUUUUCAGGGCCCUUUGAAGGAGCAUGAGGUCACAAUCUUUGUCCGAAGAGGUGGCCCUAACUACCAGGAGGGCUUGCGGGUGAUGGGGGAAGUUGGAAAGACCACAGGGAUCCCCAUCCAUGUUUUUGGCACUGAGACACACAUGACAGCCAUUGUGGGCAUGGCCCUGGGCCACAGGCCCAUCCCCAACCAGCCGCCCACAGCAGCCCACACAGCAAACUUCCUCCUCAAUGCCAGUGGGAGCACUUCGACUCCAGCUCCCAGCAGGACAGCAUCUUUUUCUGAAUCCAGGGCUGAUGAGGUGGCACCUGCAAAGAAGGCCAAACCUGCCAUGCCACAAGAUUCAGUCCCAAGUCCAAGAUCCCUGCAAGGAAAGAAUACCACCCUCUUCAGUCGCCACACUAAGGCCAUUGUGUGGGGCAUGCAGACCCGGGCUGUGCAGGGCAUGCUGGACUUUGACUACGUCUGCUCCCGAGACGAACCCUCUGUGGCUGCCAUGGUCUACCCCUUCACUGGGGACCACAAGCAGAAAUUUUACUGGGGUCACAAGGAGAUCCUGAUUCCUGUCUUCAAGAACAUGGCUGAUGCUAUGAGGAAACACCCAGAAGUAGAUGUGCUGAUCAACUUUGCCUCCCUCCGUUCUGCCUAUGACAGUACCAUUGAGACCAUGAGUUAUGCACAGAUCCGAACCAUUGCCAUCAUAGCCGAAGGCAUCCCUGAGGCCCUUACACGGAAGCUGAUCAAGAAGGCUGACCAGAAGGGAGUGACCAUCAUUGGACCUGCCACUGUUGGUGGUAUCAAACCUGGGUGCUUUAAGAUUGGAAAUACUGGUGGGAUGCUGGACAACAUCUUAGCCUCCAAACUGUAUCGCCCCGGCAGUGUGGCCUAUGUCUCACGCUCUGGGGGCAUGUCCAACGAGCUCAACAAUAUCAUCUCUCGGACCACAGAUGGCGUCUAUGAGGGCGUGGCCAUUGGAGGGGACAGGUACCCUGGCUCAACGUUCAUGGAUCAUGUCUUGCGUUACCAGGACACUCCAGGAGUCAAAAUGAUAGUGGUUCUUGGAGAGAUUGGAGGCACGGAGGAAUAUAAGAUCUGCCGGGGCAUCAAGGAGGGCCGUAUCACCAAGCCUGUGGUCUGCUGGUGCAUCGGAACCUGUGCUACCAUGUUCUCCUCUGAGGUACAGUUUGGCCAUGCCGGCGCUUGUGCCAACCAGGCUUCUGAAACUGCAGUGGCCAAGAAUCAGGCUUUGAAGGAGGCAGGAGUGUUUGUGCCCCGGAGCUUUGAUGAGCUUGGAGAAAUCAUCCAGUCUGUGUAUGAGGAUCUUGUGGCCAAGGGGGUGAUUGUACCUGCUCAGGAGGUACCGCCCCCCACCGUGCCAAUGGACUACUCCUGGGCCAGGGUAGGUACCAUGUAUGUCCCUAUCAGUUUGAACAAAGGAAAUGUGGAGGAACGGGGACAGGAGCUCAUCUAUGCGGGCAUGCCUAUCACUGAAGUCUUCAAGGAAGAGAUGGGUAUUGGCGGUGUCCUUGGUCUCCUCUGGUUCCAGAGAAGGCUGCCCAAGUACUCCUGCCAGUUCAUUGAGAUGUGCCUGAUGGUAACUGCCGAUCACGGGCCAGCUGUGUCUGGGGCCCAUAACACCAUCAUAUGCGCUCGGGCUGGAAAGGACCUGGUUUCAAGCCUCACUUCAGGGCUGCUCACCAUUGGGGAUCGGUUUGGAGGUGCCCUGGAUGCAGCAGCCAAGAUGUUCAGUAAAGCCUUUGACAGUGGUAUUAUCCCCAUGGAGUUUGUGAACAAGAUGAAGAAGGAAGGCAAACUGAUCAUGGGCAUCGGCCACCGAGUAAAAUCAAUAAACAACCCAGACAUGCGAGUGCAGAUCCUCAAAGAUUAUAUCAAGCAGCACUUUCCGGCCACCCCCCUGCUGGACUAUGCACUGGAAGUAGAGAAGAUUACCACCUCAAAGAAACCAAAUCUUAUCCUGAAUGUAGAUGGUCUCAUUGGAGUUGCAUUUGUAGACAUGCUUCGAAACUGUGGGUCCUUUACUCGGGAGGAAGCUGACGAAUAUAUUGACAUUGGAGCCCUCAAUGGCAUCUUUGUGUUGGGAAGGAGUAUGGGCUUCAUCGGACACUAUCUUGAUCAGAAGAGACUGAAGCAAGGGCUGUAUCGGCAUCCAUGGGAUGAUAUUUCAUAUGUCCUUCCGGAACACAUGAGCAUGUAAUUAAUUGAGCCAGGAAAAAUGAAGACAAGAAAUCCUCCCAUGGGAAAUAGCGUGCAGACAGCUGGCACUGGAGCUUGCUAUAGGAUGGGCCUGAGACAUAAACAGCCACUGGCACUCAAGACCAACACACAGGCUAACACUGUUCAGUCCACACAAUGAAGCUUCAUUUUUUUUUUUUUUUUAUGUAAGCAUAGAAAACCAAGCCAAUACUUGUGACAUUUGUUCUGCUACCUGCUGUGUUUUCUGCAAGCAUCUAGGCAGUGUCAAAAGUGUUUUUCCACAUUAUAGGAUGUUAUGUUGAUUUUUUUUUUUUCCCUUUAGUUAAAAAUGUUUUUCCUUUGGAGGUAGGGAACGAAACUUUUAAGACCUCAAAAUACUAUACAUGUAAAGCACCCGUGUCUUGUUUUCUCCUCUUUCUCCCUCCUUAUAUAACAUGAAGAGUGAUGUAGUAAUCUGAUUUUUAAAGAUAUUUGUGUAUUUUAUGUGUUAGGGGUUUAUUUGGCAUCUCACUGAAAUGUUCCAUGUUGCAGACAAGUCUGCUUAUAUCAGGGGAAUGGGACCAUUGCAUCCUUAGCCAUUGCCACACAAUAUGUGGAGUAGUCAGUUAAAAUGUAAAGUUGUAACAUAUGUUUAAAAUGGAAAUGCAAAGCAAAAAGCUGUGAACUGUCUUGUGUCUUGUUUUCUGUAUUUAUGCACCUGACUUGUCUAUUACUGAAGUGUGGAGUCCAUAGUGUAGGUCUAAGGACUCAUCUCCAGCCAAUUUGCAUCUGUAACCAACAAAGCUACUGGGCAGCUGCCAUCUCAGUCCCUUUUCUGUAUUACUAUCGUUGGUUUAAAUAAACUAUAUAGUAAACAAUGAAAA